GCUGUGGCUAUAUACACAGAAGCGUCUGGAUCCUCUGUCUCUGAUUCCAGCGGGACAAGAGUGUGAACAGGCCAGCAGUGUUCAAACAGGUCUAAAGCCACCCAAAUACUCCAUACAAUUAUCUCUGAAGCUACCAGGAAAGAAAUAAUGUCUAAAGGUCCAGCAGUAGGCAUUGACUUGGGUACCACCUACUCAUGCGUUGGCAUUUUUCAGCAUGGUAAGGUGGAGAUCAUAGCCAAUGAUCAAGGAAACAGAACUACGCCCAGUUAUGUUGCCUUUACAGACACAGAGAGACUGAUUGGAGAUGCUGCCAAGAACCAAGUGGCUAUGAACCCUAACAACACUGUGUUUGAUGCCAAGCGUUUGAUUGGUCGGCGAUUUGACGACAAUGUGGUGCAGUCAGAUAUGAAGCACUGGCCUUUUAAGGUGGUGAGUGAUGGAGGCAAACCCAAGAUGGAGGUGGAGUACAAGGGAGAGAUAAAGACCUUUUUUCCUGAAGAGGUGUCCUCUAUGGUCCUCACUAAGAUGAAGGAGAUUUCUGAGGCUUAUCUGGGCAAAACUGUAACAAAUGCUGUUAUCACAGUGCCUGCCUACUUCAAUGACUCCCAAAGGCAAGCCACAAAAGAUGCUGGCACCAUUGCUGGCCUGAAUGUCCUUCGCAUCAUCAAUGAGCCAACAGCAGCAGCCAUUGCCUAUGGGCUGGACAAAAAGGUUGGUUCUGAGCGUAAUGUCCUUAUUUUUGACCUGGGUGGUGGCACCUUUGAUGUGUCCAUUCUGACCAUUGAGGAUGGCAUCUUUGAGGUCAAGGCGACAGCCGGUGACACUCAUCUUGGGGGUGAAGAUUUUGACAACCGCAUGGUCAACCACUUCAUCACUGAAUUUAAACGUAAAUUCAAAAAGGACAUAACAGGAAAUAAACGUGCAGUGCGUCGUUUGAGGACAGCUUGUGAACGUGCCAAGCGUACACUGUCCUCCAGCACACAGGCCAGCAUUGAGAUUGAUUCACUUUAUGAGGGUGCCGACUUCUACACCUCCAUAACAAGGGCACGCUUUGAGGAGCUCAAUGCCGACCUGUUCCGUGGCACUCUAGAGCCUGUUGAGAAGGCCUUGCAUGAUGCCAAGAUGGACAAGACCCAGAUUCAUGACAUUGUCCUUGUUGGAGGGUCCACUCGCAUUCCCAAGAUUCAGAAACUUCUGCAAGACUUUUUCAAUGGUCGUGAGCUCAAUAAGAGCAUUAACCCUGAUGAAGCAGUUGCCUAUGGAGCAGCUGUCCAGGCAGCAAUCUUGUCAGGUGAUAAGUCAGAAAAUGUCCAAGAUCUUCUUCUGCUGGAUGUAACACCUUUGUCCCUGGGGAUUGAGACCGCUGGAGGUGUCAUGACUGUGCUCAUUAAAAGGAAUACAACCAUCCCUACCAAACAAACCCAGACAUUUACAACCUACUCAGACAACCAGCCUGGUGUGCUAAUCCAGGUAUUUGAAGGAGAACGAGCCAUGACAAAGGACAACAACAUUCUGGGCAAAUUUGAGUUGACAGGAAUUCCCCCUGCCCCCCGAGGUGUGCCACAGAUUGAAGUGACCUUUGACAUUGAUGCCAAUGGCAUUCUCAAUGUGUCUGCAGUGGACAAGAGCACUGGCAAGGAGAACAAGAUAACUAUCACUAAUGACAAAGGCCGUCUAUCCAAGGAGGACAUUGAGCGAAUGGUGCAGGAGGCUGAAAGAUACCGUGCAGAGGAUGAUGCUCAGAAAGAUAAGGUCACAGCUAAGAACACUCUUGAGUCUCUGGCCUUUAAUAUGAAGAGCACAGUGGAGGAUGAGAAGCUCAAAGAUAAGAUCAGUCCUGAAGACAAAAAGACAAUUUUGGAUAAGUGCAAUGAGAUUAUUGCUUGGUUGGAUAGGAACCAGACUGCAGAAAAGGAAGAGUACGAGCACCAGCAGAAAGAUCUGGAGAAAGUGUGCAAUCCCAUAAUCACCAAGCUUUACCAAGGGACUGGGGGUAUGCCUGGUGGGAUGCCUGGUGGCCCUGGUGGGUUCCCUGGAGGUGCAGGUGGUGGUUCUUCCUCCGGCCCCACCAUUGAGGAGGUUGACUAAACUUAAAACUUCACCAGGAUAAGAGAGAGAAAUCCAUGCAUCAGCCUCGUACAAAUAGGAAUUCUUUUCUCCAACAAGUUUCACACUACACUCUUAUUAGAAGUUAUUAGACCAACAUAUGUGUUUGGUAAGACAACUGAGACCAACAUAUAGCCUGUGACCAAAUCUGGUACUCCUGUGAACAUAUGAAGCUUAACAUGCUUUUUUUGUCAAUAAACUUAAGUGCGUCUUCUAAUAAUGGGUCAUAAUAUAUUCUUUAGUUUGGGCGAGAUUGUGUCAUUACUUACAUGUUUGUUACCAUACAGAUUAACUACUUCUUUCUCAGUUCUCAACAGUUCUUUGGUUGCACUUCAAUAAAAUACAAUGGAUUCUCUU